CGCAGUAGAAGCAAACGAAGAAAUGGCGUCCGUUCGAGCCCAACCGUGGGCGGCGCUGGAGGCAGACAAUCUCACCAGCCUCGCCGAGCUCACAGAAACGAAUCUCCUGAAGGCGAUAGAAGAGCGUUACCGUGCGGGGCUCAUCUACACGGCUGUCGGAGACAUACUGGUCGCAGUAAAUCCGUUCCAAGAGCUACUGAUGUACGACGGAGCGUGGUCGGGGGCAUACGCAGCGACCGACGUUAGCGGUUUAGCUCCGCACAUCUACCGCGUCGCGUCCGCUGCGUACAACUCGAUGGUGCAGGGUAAAAAGAACCAGGUCUGCGUCAUAAGCGGAGAGAGCGGAGCAGGGAAGACCGAGUCGGCCAAGUUUAUCAUGAAACAGGUGAUGAACAUGUGCAGCUCAGCGGGACUCGGACUGAAACUGCAGCAGAAAAUCAUACAGCUCAACCCACUGUUGGAGGCCUUUGGAAACGCCCGCACAGAACUGAACGACAACUCCAGCCGAUUCGGCAAGUUUAUUCAACUUCUCUUUGAGUCCAGCGGGCGCAUCGUUGGAGCCGGCCUGGAGCAGUACCUACUGGAGAAAUCCAGAGUCUGCGUGCAGACCGAGAAAGAAAGAAACUUCCACAUAUUCUACUACCUCUAUGCUGGUCUACCUCAAGAGAAGAAAGCCCAACUACACCUCAAGGGUCCAGAGCACCAUCGCUACCUCAGGACCUACUGCCAACUCACCAAAGACUGCAGCUCCGAAGACAGCAGAGAGGCAUUUUCAGCAGUUCUGGAGAGUAUGGAGAGCAUAGGGUUCUCUAGUUCAGAGGUGGACCAGAUUAUAACUCUGCUCGCUGCCAUCCUACACAUCGGGGACAUUGAAUUUGUCAGUUCAGAGGAGGGAGGUGGUGACAGUGCAACCGUCAGGAACCCAGAAGUGGUAGAGACAGUGUCCCAACUCCUCUGUCUCGAGAGCUCCGCGGAAGUCUCAUUUGCUCUCACAACCCUUCGAACUGUCACCAGAGGAGAGCCGGUGGACAAGUUGUACAGCUGUUCCAAGGCUGCGGUCGUGAGGGACGCAGCUGCCAAGGCACUCUACUCCCGCAUGUUCCAGUGGAUCGUCUCGCGAAUAAACACUCACCUCCAACCAAGAGACAACUACUCCAGGAGCAAGCUCUCAGUAACGGAGGACCAUCUCAACAUCGGUAUUCUGGACAUUUUUGGAUUUGAGAACUUUGAGGCCAACAGUUUCGAGCAGUUCUGCAUCAAUCUCGCCAACGAGCAGCUCCAACAGUACUUCAACCACCAGAUCUUCGCCAUGGAAAAACUGGAGUGUGCCAAGGAAGGAGUAGAUGACCUUGACAUAUCGUACACUGACAAUACUCCAGUGAUUGACCUAUUCCUGGCCAGACCUAUUGGCCUUCUCUGUCUACUGGAUGAACAGUGCAAGGGGCUCAAUGGUUCUGAGAAGGCAUUUGUUCAGAGGUCCCGAGAGAGCUUCAACAAGCACCAGUGCUUUGCUCCUCACCGUGGCAACGCCCUGGAAUUCACCAUCAGCCACUACGCUGGAGACGUUAGUUCAGACAUUAAUCAUGAGGGGAUGUUACACUUAAUUCAGAUAUGGAGCUCAUAAGAUGCCAUACAACACAAGUAUUCGCUGGUAUACUGUCACUAAGUACGGCAGUACUCUAGCUAGUAUAUUUGUCAUAUGCAAUGCAUGUUGCAAUAGCACAACUAGAAUGAAAAGCGCUAAAGUGCAAACCCUCGGCACACUAUAUAGAAAUGUGGAACCCAUACACAAGUGUGGCACCAUUUGAGCAUCAAAAAGAACAGCAUGUUAUGCACCAUUUCCAUGGAUUAUUUUCAAAAAAAUGGCCAG